GCGUGGUCCGCGGGGGAGACGCUGGCAGAUGACAUCUGGCGGCGGGGAGGCUCGGCAGCAUGGCGUUUGUGGCGCUGAGUGAGGCGGAGAAGGUGUACAUUGUGCAUGGCGUUCAGGAAGACCUCCGCAUGGAUGGCCGUGGCUGUGAAGACUACCGAUGUGUUGAAGUGGAAACUGACGUGGUGUCCAACACCAGUGGGUCUGCCAGAGUCAAGCUGGGUCACACAGAUAUCUUGGUGGGAGUGAAAGCAGAAAUGGGGACGCCGAAGCUGGAGAAACCAAAUGAAGGUUACCUGGAGUUCUUUGUUGACUGUUCAGCCAAUGCUACCCCUGAAUUUGAAGGUCGGGGAGGUGAUGACCUUGGCACAGAGAUUGCUAACACCCUCUACCGGAUAUUUAACAACAAGAGCAGCGUCGACCUGAAGUCCCUGUGCAUUAGUCCUCGGGAGCAUUGCUGGAUUCUCUACGUGGAUGUGCUACUCCUGGAAUGUGGUGGAAAUUUGUUUGAUGCCAUCUCCAUUGCUGUAAAGGCUGCGCUCUUCAAUACAAGGAUACCAAGAGUUCGUGUUCUGGAAGAUGAAGAGGGCUUGAAGGACAUUGAACUGUCUGACGACCCCUAUGACUGCAUCCAGCUAAGUGUGGAGAAUGUCCCCUGUAUCGUCACCCUGUGCAAAAUUGGUUAUCGGCACGUGGUGGAUGCUACUCUUCAGGAGGAGGCCUGCUCCUUGGCCAGCUUGCUGGUGUCCGUGACCAGCAAGGGAGUUGUGACAUGCAUGAGGAAAGUGGGAAAGGGCAGCCUGGACCCAGAGAGCGUCUUCGAGAUGAUGGAGACCAGCAAGCGCGUGGGCAAGGUGCUGCACACCUCCCUGCAGAGCGUUCUACACAAGGAGGAAAGCCUGGGGCCCAAGAGACAGAAAGUUGGAUUCCUGGGAUGAUUUGCACAUCAACCCCCAACUGCCACGUGUUUGUUUUCUACUUUUCCUUUUAAGCUGAAGUCUGUGUACAUUUUUCUUAACUAUUAUGAAUUUAAGGCAACAUUUGUACAUGUAAAAUUAAAGUCUGAUUUAUGGUCUGGCUUGAUAUGGCUAGAGUUCCUCAGCUGUAAGCCAAGAUGCCAUUCGGUGACCCCUCAGAGAGUCUGACCCUUGUCUAGUGAAUGACAGCUAAGUGCAGAGGCCUGCUCCAAUGCGAGGGCUCUGUUCACAGGCCUCCCCAGGGAGACUUACCACCUGCCACAGGCGAUCAGAAUAACAACAUCAAGACCUAGCAGAAAAAUGGUUCAAAGGAAAUGUU